AUGUCCCUAAAACUGGUGCAAGUGAAUCUAAACCAUACGGCGGCGGCACAAGAUUUGCUGCUGCAAGCUAUGGCCGAGGAGAAGUGGGAUCUGGCAAUAAUAUUGGAACCCUACAGAGUCCCAGAGCAUCCCCACUGGGCUGGGGACACGGAGGGGCUGGCGGCGGUAGUUUGGGCGGGGAGCGAGAAUUCGCCCCCCAUCCAGGUACUGGAACGAAAUAGGGGAUACGUGGUGGUGAAGUGGGGAAGCACGGUCAUAGUGUCGUGCUACGCAUCCCCGAUUAAGAGUACGGAGGCUUUCGAGAGGUACCACGAUGGACUGGAAUUGGCGGUGAGAAGAAACAUGGGCCCCCCUACGAUUGUGGCGAGCGACCUGAACGCCAGAGCAAGAGCCUGGGGAUCGGGAAUCACAGACGCCAGAGGCGAGUUGCUCCUCGACUGGAUGGCAAACCUGGGGCUGUCUGUCAUGAAUCAGGGCCAGGCGAGCACCUGCGUACGGUGA